ACACAGGUUGACUGUACCCAACUUACGCUUCAUUCCUCUUCCCAACCGCUUAUAUCUUUCUCUUCCUCGCGACACUGCCCUCGUAACUUUCUGUUCCAACGUCACACUCUGUUCAUCAAAGAAUUCCACUAGACACAAUUCUUGUUCUGGUUUCACCUAAGAUGAUAACAUGAGACCAGGUUUUAUGGUUAUAUAUCUUUGAUCGUGGAAGAGGCAUGGCUUCUUUUUCUUUACCUUGCACUAUUGGGUCAUUUGUUGCCCCAAUUAUUGCACAAAGAAGAUAUUUUGAGGUGUGUGGUGGUUCUUGCACUAGUGGGUCAUUUGUUUCCCCACUUAUAUUUCAAAGUAGAUAUUUUGGGGUGUACGGAGGUUUGUGCAAUAGUUCAUUUUCUUCUUCUGGCUUUAACCAAUUCUGCAAAUUUCAAAAUGGGUUGGUUUGGAACCAGAACCUUGGUUAUUGUGAUAGAAAAAAUAGAAUUUCCUCAUCGAGGUUUCCUUGCUGUUGUAAGACUCAAGAUGGUUUUUCUGGUAACAAUAAAAUUGAGCCACUUGUGAGUAGAAGCAGGGGUGACAAAAAGACCCAAUAUAGUAAGGGUGAAAGUGAUAGGUUGAAGAAGAGAUUUUUGUUGAGAUUACGCCCAAGGAUACGGUUAUUAGCUAUGAGAAUGAAAAGGGCUUCCAUUAAGUCCAUUUUGAAUGAGGUUGGAAUCUUUAUUCGUAAGAACAUUAGAACAGUGGCAUUUUCUACUUCACUUUCUGUUGUAUUCAGCCUUUGUUUCUUGUUUCUGAAAGUGACUGCACUCCCUCCUCCAAAAAUUGUCCCGUAUUCAGACUUGAUCACGAGCCUUCAAGAUGGAUCUGUUGCAAAAGUUUUGGUUGAAGAGGGGUCUCGACGUAUAUAUUACAAUAUGAAGUCCCAAAUUGUUGAAAAUGAUGAGGUUUCUGGGGAAGAAUCACAAGUAGCAAAUGUUUCAAUUGAUAAGAAUAUUGAUAAGAUUGGGAGUGAGGAUACUUCAAGAACUGGCCAAACUCCAGUAAAGAAUAUAUUGAAGAAAUUCUCUAGGACUCGAGCUUCUAUUCCUGAGUGGGAGUAUUCCACAAGAAAAAUAGAUCAUGAUGAAAAGUUUCUUGUUAGUUUAAUGAGAGAAAAGGGGGUUUCAUAUAGCUCUGCCCCUCAAUCUGUAUUAAUGUCAAUGAGGAGUACUUUGAUCACUGUGAUAACACUGUGGAUACCUUUAAUUCCAUUGAUGUGGCUUCUAUAUCGUCAACUUUCUGCUGCUAAUAGUCCCGCCAGGAAGCAGAAGCCUAAUAGUCAGACAGUUGGAUUUGACGAUGUGGAAGGUGUUGAUUCUGCAAAAGUAGAGCUCAUGGAGAUAGUUUCAUGUUUGCAAGGGGAUAUAAAUUACCAAAAGGUAGGGGCAAAGUUACCUAGAGGUGUGUUGUUGGUGGGUCCUCCUGGAACUGGGAAGACAUUACUUGCACGUGCAGUGGCAGGAGAAGCAGGCGUACCCUUUUUCACUGUAUCUGCCAGUGAAUUUGUGGAGUUGUUUGUUGGAAGAGGGGCAGCCAGAAUCAGAGACCUUUUCAAUGCGGCAAGGAAAUUUGCACCAUCAAUCAUAUUCAUUGAUGAACUUGAUGCAGUUGGAGGCAGGCGUGGAAGAAGUUUUAAUGAUGAACGUGACCAAACAUUAAACCAGUUGUUGACAGAAAUGGAUGGAUUUGAGUCAGAGAUGAGAGUGGUUGUCAUUGCAGCAACUAAUCGGCCAGAAGCCCUGGACCCAGCCCUAUGUCGCCCGGGCCGUUUCUCAAGAAAAGUAUAUGUAGGGGAACCUGACGAAGAAGGAAGGAGAAAAAUUUUGGCUGUGCAUCUAAGAGGAGUUCCUUUAGAGGAGGACACUAACAUCAUUUGCCAUUUAGUUGCUUCUCUUACUACUGGUUUUGUAGGAGCUGAUCUGGCUAAUAUUGUCAAUGAAGCUGCUUUGCUUGCUGCUCGUAGAGGCAGUGAAACUGUGGCAAGGGAAGAUAUAAUGGAAGCUAUUGAAAGAGCGAAAUUUGGAAUCAAUGAUAAACAACUGAGGUCUAGUAAAAUAAGCAAGGAGCUAAGUAAGUUAUUCCCUUGGAUGCCAUCAUUGAUGGGAAGAAGUGAUAGGAGACAAGAUGACAUGCAAGGUCCACUAGGUUAUCAAUCAUUGAGUUCGUGAAUUUGCAUGCUGAAUUUGCCAUUUUUCCCCUCUCAAUAUUUGUUUCCUUAUGCUUUGUACGAUGCUCAAGAAUACACUAUCAGCAUAAAGGGAAAAUAUAAUAGCUGGUGACACCCAAGUUUUUUGCACUAUGCACUUGAUGCCACUUCGAUCCUUGACAUGAACAUUUUAGGCAGCUAUGGGGAAUACUUCUCUGUUUGGGAAUUUGUAGAUACAAAUUUGAGAGGUGUUGUGCAAGUGAAUCCUAGCCUAAAAGAAAGCGCAUCACUUUCAAGCUUGUAGAAACUAUUAGAGAUUUGAAAGAAUUAAUUGUUUUUUUGCAUUAUGCAGAUGAAUUUGCUAUAAAAAUUAAUCACUACUAGUUAUGUUUUACUUAGAACUUUCUUUUACCAGUUAUGCAGCUUAAUUCUUAUUUCUGAUAGGUACAACUUCCACUGUAUGUGAUUUGCAAUAUUUUGGUUGAUUUGGAAUGAACUAAUAUGGUCAUUCCAAGGUUUGACUUUUCUGAUGCAAAUUUCAACAAAGACUAAAGAUUUUAUUAUUGAUGCUUUGAAAUUUUGUAUUUACAUGUAUCAUCUAAUAUUGAAUGCUCUUUCUUGUAUUUACAUGCAAUACAUGUAAAUUUCAAACUUACAUGUAAUGUUUGAAUUUUUGACUUUUCUGAUGCAAAUUUUAUAUUUGGAAUGAAGUAAUAUCGGUCAUUCCAUUUUCAUUUGUAAUUUGUUUCAUACUUAUUGUUUAAAAGUUUUUAACUUUUCGAUGAAGUAAUACAUGUAAAUGUUCUU